UAUUGUCCCACCUCUGCCUGUAAAAACCUUAUCUAACAUUUAAAGGACCAGAAAGAAAAAUUCUUUCUCACUGCCAGAAAAUGGCGGUAGACUACUUAUUGACAUCGCCUUCGACGCUGAGAUUCUCCGAUUUCAUCUCUUCGUUCUCCCCAAACACCAACCACAAAUGUCUUCGCUUCUCACCUAAACCCAGCUCCGCGAGGAUAACCUGCGGCGCGAUUUCUUCGAAGAGGAAACUCGCUGAGAGAGAGAUCGCGGAGAGGGAGAACAGAGUCCUCGUGCGGAAUCUGAUGUCGAGGAUUAGUGACAGGGAGCCACUUGUUAAGACCCUUGACAAGUACGUGAAGGUCGUAAGAUGCGAGCAUUGCUUCUUGCUCUUUGAGGAGCUUGGGAAGAGCGACAAGUGGCUCCAAUGCCUCGAGGUGUUCAGGUGGAUGCAGAAACAGCGCUGGUAUAUAGCAGAUAACGGAGUGUACUCGAAACUGAUAUCCGUUAUGGGGAAGAAGGGCCAAACACGAAUGGCAAUGUGGCUCUUCUCCGAGAUGAAAAACAGCGGUUGUCGUCCAGAUGCUUCUGUUUACAACGCUCUCAUAACAGCUCAUCUCCACACGCGGGACAAGGCAAAAGCUUUGGAGAAAGUCCUUGGUUACUUCGACAAAAUGAAAGGCAUGGAGCGAUGCCAACCCAACGUCGUGACUUACAACAUCCUCUUGAGGGCUUUUGCGCAGUCUGGUAAAGUAGACCAAGUCAACGCUCUGUUCAAAGACUUGGACAUGAGUGCGGUUUCUCCAGACGUCUACACCUUCAACGGCGUGAUGGAUGCGUAUGGGAAAAAGGGGAUGAUCAAGGAGAUGGAGUCUGUGCUUACUCGCAUGAGGAGCAACGAGUGCAAGCCGGAUAUCAUCACUUUCAAUCUGCUUAUUGACUCUUACGGUAAGAAGCAAGAGUUUGAGAAGAUGGAGCAGACUUUCAAGAGUUUGAUGCGGUCCAAGGAGAAGCCGACUCUUCCCACGUUCAACUCGAUGAUUAUAAACUACGGGAAAGCUCGGUUGAGAGAUAAGGCCGAGUGGGUUUUCGAGAAGAUGAAUGAUAUGAACUACCCGCCGAGUUUUAUCACGUACGAGUGUAUGAUCAUGAUGUACGGUUACUGUGGUUGUGUUUCCAGAGCGAGGGAAGUGUUCGAGGAGGUUGUUGAGUCGGAGAGGGUGUUGAAGGCUUCAACACUCAAUGCCAUGCUUGAAGUUUACUGUCUUAAUGGUCUUCACAUGGAAGCAGAUAAGCUUUUCCAUAACGCAAGUGGGUUUAGAGUUCAUCCGGAUGCAUCAACGUAUAAGCUUCUGUACAAGGCGUAUACUAAGGCAGAUAUGAAGGAGAAUGUGCAGAUGCUGAUGAAGAAAAUGGAGAAAGAUGGGAUUGUGCCUAACAAGAGAUUCUUCUUGGAAGCCCUUGAAGCUUUCGGGUCGAGACUACCUGGUUCUGAUUCUGCCAUGAGAUGACUUGGUGGAAAGCAAUUGACUGAGGCUGGAUAUGAAUCUAUUUGCAUACGCUCCAAUGAGUUAUUCAGUCAUCCCCCUGAAUCUGCUUUUAUACACAGAGUUCCCAGUUUCUGUUGCUUUUUGUCGGCUAUGAUUGCAGACCAAUCAUGGAACUUGACAUUUUUAGACUUAUUCAACAUUGUAAAGGCAGACUGCAGAAAGUAAGUAUUUGGAGAACUUGAGGGGAGGGAACAUGAUAAAAGUUUCGAGAGCAUAAUCAAGAAAAGCUUAGUUAAGAAUAGCUGCAGCCAUUAUUUUCUUCAGUUCAAGAACAUGUACAAUGUGAACAACACCGAGAAGAAGCAACUGUUUACUAUAGUCUUUCAAUCGAUUUGGUAAAAUGUAACCAUAUAUAUAUAUAAUCAAAGCUUCAUUGUUGUGUGUUA